GCCACAAAAGGAAAUACUGCUUUUUGAAAUGCACUACAGUCAGCUCUAGUAAGCUUUUUCAGUUUUCAGGAAGGGCUGCGGUCUCCUGGAUAGGAGAAAAGAUUGUCCACCUUGGUGCUUCAGCAGCAUGGCCUUGUAAUGGAGUGAGCCGAGGACGAUGGGAUCCCGGAUCAAAGAAAAUCCACAGAAAAUAUUUGAUCUCUUCUUUGAGGCUGCUUGUCCAACUCCUGAAGAUGAUGAUCCUCAAGUGCUCAGGCAGUUUCCUCAGGAGUUCGAUGACCAGGAAUCAAUCCAGAUGCUCCCCAGGUUUUGUUUCCCUUUUGACAUAGAAAGGGUCAAGGAGAGCCCCACGGUCCAGCAUUUCACUUUUGCCCUCACCGACAUGGAGGGGAAACAACGCUUCGGGUUCUGCCGACUGGCCGUUGGUGUCCGCAGCUGCCUGUGUCUCCUCAGUUAUCUGCCCUGGUUUGAGGUUUUCUACAAGAUCCUGAACUACAUUGCUGACAAUUUAGUCAAGGAACAGUUCACACAGCUGGAUGAGUUCUUAUCAGCACUGCAUGCCCACCCUGUACCUCAUCUGGGCAGUCCCAUCAGCCUGGAAUUU